CACAAGUCUGUUCGGGUCGAAUUGUUCGGUCUCUCUAUACACCAACAUCCAAAAUGGUGAAGGUUAAAGCUCAUGAGUUGCGCAGCAAGAAGAAGGAAGAGCUUGUCAAGCAGCUUGAUGAACUCAAGAAUGAGCUUUCUCAUCUUCGUGUGGCCAAGGUUACAGGAGGUGCUGCUACAAAGCUUUCAAAAAUAAAGCUCGUAAGAAAAUCAAUUGCAAGAGUGUUGACAGUCAUUAGUCAGACACAGAGGGAAAACUUGAGAAAGUUUUACAGAAAGAAGAAGUACAUCCCCCUUGACCUGAGAGCCAGGAAGACUAGAGCCAUGCGCCGAGCACUGACUAAGAAUGAAGCUGCUCGCAAGACUCUGAAGCAGCAAAAAAAGAUCACACAUUUCUCCCUGAGAAAAUAUGCUGUUAAGGAGUAAAGUAAUGGUUGUAAUAAAUGUUCGGAAAAUUUGACUGUC